UUCGCACCUAAAUCCCCGGGGACACCGCAAUGAGGAUUCCUCCUCACUUCCAUUUCUUUCCGUGACUACAUCGGCGGAGGAAUGACCAGCCUUUAUGCGCUAAUUUCAAAUAAACUACCUUAUCCUCCCGCUGAUCGGCUUUCAUCGCCGUUUUUCAUACGUUGAUUUAGAUCUGUAACAGAUCGUCAUUCUUAUCGACAAUGUCGAGAUUAAGUGUUUCAGCGCCAGUUCUGCUCUGGUGCUUCGCGAGGCAUGCGCUUGCUCAUGGAGACCAUUCUCAGCUUUCGGAUGGCCAGGCCAUAUCAGGGGAUCCGAUCGAUUCGAUAUUAUGGGUACACAUCAUCCUAAUGACCGUUGCGUUUGGCCUUAUUUUUCCCGCUGGCAUGGUACUGGGUAUCACUCGGUCUCGCUGGCAUGUUCCCGUUCAGAUAGUUGGUAGUGUGAUUGCGUUUGUGGCGUACUUUAUGGGCCAUUUACACAAGGGACGGCAGUUUUCCGAAAAUAUCCAUGCUUCAUUCGCGAAUUCGUUAAUGCUCAUGCUUGUGGUGCAAAUUGUCCUAGGAAUUUAUCUCAAACUUCACUUAUCGCAGGGUAUCCAUGGCAGAAUACGGCCAUAUAUCGUUGGGAGUCAUGGCGUGGUGGGCAAAGUGAUGCCGGUGGUGAGCUGGGUGCAGAUGAUAUUCGGUGGGAUAACAGCUCUAGGAUUCUGUCGUGCAGACCACCUUGGACAAUGCCUUGCGCAUUUCAUAAUGGGCAGUGCGUUUAUCGCGUACGGAAUACUUCUAACAAUUCUUCUCCUUGUCGGCCAAUAUUGGCUUCGCCGAACUGGCCGGAGCCAAGAGUUCUUUGAUUCCCUGGCUAUUGCGAUUUGGGGAUGCAUAAACACCUUUACUGAGCAUCGUUGGGGGCAACCCUGGGCUCACAACGAUGUCGAGCACACAAGCAUGGGUAUUAUUUGGUGGUCUGCUGGAUUGGUCGGCAUUUGGUUGAGCAGGAAGAGAAAUGGCCAGCCGAAAAGAAAUUUGAUCCCAGCCGUUGUGAUUCUGCUUACAGGAUAUGCCAUGUCUUCCCACCCGCAACACCUGCCGAUUAGCACCAUGGUUCACGCUUUUUUCGGCUAUACGCUAAUGGGCGCAGGGGCGGCGAGAAUUGUAGAAAUUUCCUUUGUGUUAAAGGACCGGAGCACCCUUAGCCCUGAUGGAACUGAUCCUAAUAGCUUCCAAUAUAUCACGCCAUUUCUGUUAUAUGCAUCCGGCUUCCUGUUCAUGGGCGCCACAGAGGAACAAUUGGCGCUCAUCUCUAAGGCGGGCAUUUCUCACGUCGCCUAUGUCCUUAUCCUCUACAGCAUCGCAUUCGUCCUAUUCUUGUUUGUCAACAUCCUCAUCCACGUGUAUGCUGUCCAUGCCUGGCCCGAAACUGCUAAAUACAACGGCGGCAAGCCUUCAUCAUAUUCUCGGCGGCUAUCUGACCGCCGUUCCACCUCCUUGCAUAAUGGUAGUAUCCACAUGGGAAUGAAUGGCCAUAUUCGUCGCCAGGGUCAAACCCAACAUGUUCACGAUGCAGAGGAAUUUGAGCUAGAAGGCCUUAUAGGCGCGGCUGAUAAAGAACAGGGUGACGAUAGUCCCAUCAACACCCCGAUUGCUACCGCUGCCAAAGACCCAGAACGGGCACUAUAAACAGAAGGAAAACUUUGUUUUGGCCGCUAGCAAAAUGCUAAUUCCCCGCCCUCAUUACCGACCAAAUAAAUACGAUUUGAAGAUGCCGUGACGUCUACUCGAAUUUUGCCGUGUCGACUCUACCCGACUGGUUUUUGCAGUAUAUAAAUUACCAUUCUUGAUUCUGUUUCUUCACCUACGCUAGGAGUUAUACGUAUUUGGACCUACCUUUGAUAUAUAUGUAUAUAUUUAAAUUUCUCAUUCAGAUGGUCAGGAGAUGAAGGAUUGGAAGGAUCUAUGUGAUUCCACCCUGCAACAGCAUACCGAGCUUAUUACCUCUACCGUCCCAGCCAUGGUGCACCUGCUGAAAUGGAAUUAACGAACCAUGGGUGUGGUUGCCAGUACCCACAUAACCACUGGUACCUGCAUUUUAUCAUCCUGUUAUGUUUCCCAUCUAAGCGAUUGUUUUUUUGUUCUCUACUCUUUGUUUACGCUUUUCGAAUUUGCAUUAUAUAUUGAUCCUGUCUUCAUAUUUUUCAUUGAUAUCAUUAGGCAUGCUAUGGAGAGGGAAUGUGAGGGUUAUUAUUCCCAUAAAUACAAGAAUUUACGUUUUUU